AUGGCAUCAUCAUCUCGUACGCCGGUUUAUAUAGCUGCUGCCUUCGCAAUAGGCGCUAUAUGCACAAUCGCAAUCGAUCGUCUUCUUCACGCUGAAGGGGGACUAUGCCGGAGAGAAUAUGUAAACAAGGAUACAAUCAAUGGCCAGCCAAUAGCUCAUGGCCUUGAAUACCCCAAGCCCGCUCAGAAGCCUCAGCCUCCUCCCAUCGUGGACGGUAUAGAAGGGUGCAUUGGAAACACUCCUAUGGUUCGCAUACGUUCUCUGUCAGAGGCGACGGGAUGUGAGAUAUUAGCAAAAGCAGAAUUUUUAAAUGGCGCUGGAGGGAGCCCCAAGGACCGUGUUGCUCUAAGUAUGAUACAAGAGGCUGAAGAGAAAGGCCUCCUUACACCGUUUGUGGGGGAUGCAAUUUAUGAAGGAACAGUUGGGUCUACAGGAAUAUCACUUGCCACUCUGGCAAGAGCAAGAGGAUACCUUGCACAUAUAUGCAUGCCAUCGGACCAAUCGACAGAAAAAUCAAAUCUCCUACUCAAGUUAGGGGCAGUGGUGGACAGGGUGCCGCCAGCUCCCAUUGUCGAAACUAGCCACUUCGUCAACAGAGCUAGAAGUCUGGCACAUUCCCACGGGUCGGGGCAGCCAGCAUCUCGUGAAUCUUCGCCAUUCGAGAAGCCAAAUAUCGAACUAAUGACCUCCGAAGCCGCUGCUAAACAGAGCCGGGGUUUCUUCGCCGACCAAUUUGAAAACGUUGCUAAUUGGCAGGCCCAUUAUCGGACGACAGGGCCAGAAAUAUAUGCACAGUGCGAGGGUAAAUUAGAUGCGUUUGUUGCCGGUGCUGGAACUGGAGGUACCAUUUCUGGUGUUGCACGAUACCUAAAACCUCUGGUUUCGAAUAUGACUGUUGUUCUUGCCGACCCCCAAGGGAGCGGACUGUAUAACCGAGUCCGUUACGGCGUUAUGUUUGACACGAAAGAAAGGGAAGGAACAAGAAGGAGACAACAAGUUGACUCUAUUGUGGAGGGCAUAGGGAUUAACCGGGUCACCGCGAAUUUUGAAGCGGGUCGGGAGUUAGUGGACGAUGCCGUCAGGGUUACUGAUGCACAAGCUAUCGCCAUGGCACGCUGGCUAGUUGAAAAGGAUGGUAUAUUUAUUGGCAGCAGCAGUGCUGUGAACUGUUUUGCUGCUGUCAGGACAGCCCUAAAGCUGGGCCCAGGUCAUCGAAUUGUGACAAUCCUUUGCGAUUCCGGUACAAGGCAUCUGUCAAAGUUUUGGGCUGAGGCGGGGAAUGUUGGAGGGGCCAUCGGCACCAGGCUUGAAGAUGUCCUCAAUGCUAGGGAGUGA